CGCCCUGAGUCCUCAGAGGCGGCUCCACGGAGCCGGUAGACAACGCGGCGGCUUCUCGUUCCGAGCCGAGUCGCGAGCUGCCGCCGCCUUCGCCGCCACCAUGAGUCGGAACUACAACGAUGAGCUGCAGUUCUUGGACAAGGUCAAUAAAAACUGCUGGAGGAUCAAGAAGGGCUUCGUGCCCAACAUGCAGGUUGAAGGAGUAUUUUAUGUGAAUGAUGCUCUGGAAAAAUUGAUGUUUGAGGAAUUAAGGAAUGCCUGUCGAGGUGGUGGUGUUGGUGGCUUCCUGCCAGCCAUGAAGCAGAUUGGCAAUGUGGCUGCCCUGCCCGGGAUUGUUCAUCGAUCUAUUGGGCUUCCUGAUGUCCACUCGGGCUAUGGGUUUGCCAUAGGGAACAUGGCUGCCUUUGAUAUGAAUGACCCUGAAGCAGUGGUUUCCCCAGGUGGUGUCGGAUUUGACAUUAAUUGUGGUGUCCGCUUGCUAAGAACCAAUUUAGAUGAGAGUGAUGUGCAGCCUGUGAAGGAACAACUUGCCCAAGCUAUGUUUGACCACAUUCCUGUUGGGGUAGGAUCAAAAGGUGUCAUCCCGAUGAAUGCCAAAGACUUGGAGGAGGCACUGGAGAUGGGUGUGGACUGGUCUCUGAGAGAAGGCUACGCCUGGGCUGAAGACAAGGAGCACUGUGAGGAAUAUGGAAGGAUGCUGCAAGCUGACCCCAAUAAGGUCUCACCCAGGGCAAAAAAAAGAGGCCUUCCUCAGUUGGGGACCCUGGGAGCAGGCAACCACUAUGCAGAAAUCCAGGUUGUAGAUGAGAUUUUCAAUGAGUAUGCCGCUAAGAAAAUGGGCAUCGACCAUAAGGGACAGGUGUGUGUGAUGAUCCACAGUGGAAGCAGAGGCUUGGGCCACCAAGUAGCCACAGAUGCACUGGUAGCUAUGGAAAAGGCCAUGAAGCGAGACAAGAUUAUAGUCAAUGACCGGCAGUUGGCUUGUGCUCGAAUUGCAUCCCCAGAGGGGCAAGACUAUUUAAAGGGAAUGGCUGCAGCUGGAAACUAUGCCUGGGUUAACCGUUCUUCUAUGACCUUCUUAACCCGUCAGGCUUUUGCCAAAGUCUUCAACACAACCCCUGACGACCUGGACCUGCAUGUGAUUUAUGAUGUUUCUCACAAUAUCGCCAAAGUGGAGCAGCACGUGGUAGAUGGGAAGGAGCGGACACUGUUGGUGCACAGGAAGGGGUCCACCCGUGCUUUCCCGCCUCACCACCCACUCAUCGCUGUUGACUACCAGCUCACUGGACAACCAGUGCUUAUUGGUGGCACCAUGGGGACAUGUAGUUAUGUUCUGACUGGCACUGAACAAGGCAUGACUGAGACCUUUGGAACAACCUGUCAUGGAGCGGGUCGUGCGUUGUCCCGAGCAAAGUCUCGCCGUAAUUUAGAUUUCCAAGACGUCUUAGACAAACUGGCAGAUAUGGGAAUUGCAAUCCGUGUUGCUUCGCCCAAGCUGGUUAUGGAAGAGGCUCCAGAGUCCUAUAAGAAUGUGACAGACGUCGUGAACACCUGCCAUGAUGCUGGGAUCAGCAAGAAGGCCAUCAAACUGAGACCAAUUGCUGUCAUUAAAGGAUAGAGCCAAGAGCAGCAGAGCCUCU